CUCGUCAAUGCCUAAAACACCAAAAAACAUUCAUUGUGAGGAGUCUUUUGCCCUUGAUUAAUACCCAAAAUUUUAAAAAAUUCUAUUUUCUCCUCCAAUUAGCUUUUAGAACCUGAAAAAAGAAUCCGGCAGCAGGCGGCGGCAGCCCGCCAUCCAACGCUUACAUUUACACAUCCCAACUCCUAGGAUUUCUUAUGCCAAGAAAAAAUGGAAUGUGUUGCCAAUUUUUUGUAUUUAUUUGGAACAUAUUUGGUUCGAUAUUCAAGACUCAUAUUCUUGGAUGUCCCAGAAGCAGCAAAGCUUGUUCUUGUGACCAAAGCUCAUCUCUUUAAGCCGAUAUUCCCAGCAAGCAAAAAAAGGAUGUUGGGGAAACAAGCCAUUUUUUUUACCAAGGCGACUAUCACACCAAGUUGAGGAAAUUAGUCCUUCGAGCUUUCACUCUAGAAGCCAUCAAGCACAUCAUUCCGACAUUGAAUCGGUUGCUGUCGAGUCACUCGAAUCAUCGGAAGGAAGAAUGAUCAACAGUUUUCAAGAAAUGAAAACCUACAUUUUCAAUGUUGCAUUACUUUUUAUAUUGGGAAAGGAUGAGAUUCACUGCAGAGAAGAUCUUAAGAGGUGCUAUUACAUUCUUGAGAAGGGAUACAAUUCCAUGCCAAUUAAUCUUCCUGGAACACUUUUCCACAAAGCCAUGAAAGCUAGGAAAGAAUUAGCUCAGAUCUUAGCCAAAAUCAUCUCUGUGAGGAGGGAAAUGAAGCACAAUUACAAUGAUUUGUUGGGAUCAUUCAUGGGAGACAAAGAAGGCCUAACUGAUGAACAAAUUGCAGACAACGUUAUUGGUGUCAUCUUUGCAGCUAGAGACACCACAGCUAGGUUCUUACAUGGAUCCUUAAAUACCUUGGAGAGAAUCCCAGUGUCCUACAAGUUAUCAUAGAAGAACAAGAAGUUAUAUUGAAGACUAAAUAAGAUUGUGAGGCUAUGACUUCGGCUGAUACCAAAAAGAUGCUAAUGACAACAAAAGUUAUUCAAGAAACACUCGGAGUUGCUUCAAUCCUAUCAUUCACCUUUAGAGAAGUUGUUGAAGAAUAGUCCCCUAAAACUGUAACCAGCAAAAAAUUUUCAUUUUCUAUUUUCGUUUCUGAAAAAAAUUGAGAGGGUCGGCGGCGGCGGUGGCGGAAGAGUUGAUGAUAAUACCUCCCGGCGAGAAAGCUCGGCCUUUCAAGCGGCUUCACGCUCAGCGACUUCACAUCUCCCUCUCCUUCAUUAGCCGGUCCUGUAUGUCGGCGUCCAAUGCUUCCUUUAAUUCCUGCACGAAGAUUACAACAGCUCUGAGUUCAGAGCGACAAUAAACGGAACUAAAGCGACGCUGCUCCGGCAGCUUCCAAAUCGGUCUCCGAUUGAUUUAUUAUGACAAAAAACAAAACUCAAUGGAUUCUCUUCCAACGGAAAUUGAUUGAUGGUUAUAUAUGAUAAUGAUUCAUGCCGCAGCCGCCCCUUUCCUCGAUUUUUUUUCAGAAACGAAAAAAGAAAAUGAAAAUUUUUUUGCCGAUUAGAGUUUGUGGGCCCCGCAAUUAGGAAGAAAAUAAUAAAAUAUAAAAAAUUAACAGAGGAAAGGAAUUGACCGCUGACUAAAAAUUUCUGUUAAAUUAACCGAAAUUGAUGAAAAAAAAUUUUAGGGUACUAUUUUUGGCAAUUAAAAAUUCAUGGUAACUCGAU